AUCGUCCCAGUGAACAAGCACCAAACCAGCGGUAAGUUGUUGGUUGCAAAGCACUGUACAUCAAAAGUGAUUUUUAUACUCUCAAGUGAUGAUUUAAAUGUACAAUUUAUAUCAAAUUGUUUGUAAAUGUUAUUCGAACAUCACACAUAAGAUGCAGCGGUUUUUGGAGAAUAUAUGUUGUGCAUUUUGUUGUAAAGAAUUCCCGCCAGUACUAGCUAGCAACUUACUGUGUCUGGUGGGGGGGAGUUCAUGGUGAGACGUGCAUUGCAUGACGUGCAAUUUUGUGCCGUUCCUCUCAGUUACAUUGUUAAAGAUAUUAUAUUGUAUAUUGUAAUUGUAUUAUUUUGGUAACUGUCCCGGUGAACAGGCACCAAACCAGCGUGCGUGAGUGCAGAGUUGGAUGGUGAGACGUGCAUUGCAUGACGUGCAAUUUUGUGCUGUUCCUAUCAGAAUAAAUCUACAUGACUGGUGCUACAUGUUGGAGUUCCGUGUCGAUGACUGAUUGUACACAACGCAAGAAGAGUACUGUUAAAUAUACAAACUUCAACUAUAUAUAGACAGAUGGUGCAUCCCAGGAAGUUGUUUUCAACUGGUCCUUGUUUAGGGAAAUUAAUCUGUAUUGAACGGACCAGUUGUUCAUGCCGUUAUGUGAGAGUUGUUAUCAAGUUAACGGACGUUUUAACUGUGAAAGUAGUUGUGGCUUUAGUUGGCUUUUAAGCCAGCUAGUUAGCUACCAACAUAAAUAAAUUCCCGAGUGUGUUUUAGCAAAUCGCAAAGGCAGAAAAGGUUUCAACAACCAAAGCUACAUUUUAGGACUCUACAUCAUGGCAGAAUGGUUAGUGUUGUGUUUGAUGUUCGUCUUCUUGUUGAGUCUUGUGACAAUAGUAGGGUACGUUCUGUACUCGGGGCUGUUGUCAGAAAUACACAUCCGGACUGGUUCUCCUCCAAUCAAGAACAUCACAAUCGCCUACAAGUUCAAACAGGGACCAUAUAAAGAGUGUGGACAACUUUUUACUGAGAGUUGCAGCAUCGGACGCAAUCUGUCUAGUAUUGGAGUGUUCUACGAUGAUCCUAAAAAGGUGAUAGGAGAGAAGUGUCGCUGUGCGGUGGGUAGUGUCCUGAGUGAGGGCGAUACUAGGCCCAGUGAGGAGCUCCAACAGCUCUAUGAGAAGUUUGGUUUCCGGGUCUUCAGCUUCCCAGAGGUCACUCACGUGGUCAGCGCCUCCUUUCCCCACAGGACACCCCUGUCAAUCUUCUUUGGGGUGCAGAGAGUCUACCCCCAGCUGGAGAGCUACAUCAAGGAGAGGAAGUUGUGUGCACACCCAUGCCUGGAGAUUUACAGAGAUGACCUGAUCCACUACAUGAGUCCUCUGGCUCGCCAGGGAGAUUUCUACGUACCAGAGGUCCGUCAGGACCCGGACAGGAGGCUGCUGGGAGACAAUGACUCUGAGGAGGACAGAGGGACCGACAUCACAGGUGCGGACUCCAAUAGUGAGUGCAGUUCAGGGAGUGGUGUUUUCCUGUCAGACAGCAGAGAGACCUCCCUAGCCCCAUCCAGCGUCCCCUCCCUGACCCGACACUACAGAGGAGGAAAAGGAGGAGGAGGAGGAGGAGGAGGUGAAGACCGCAGUGACAGGAGCUCCAGCUCCUCCUCCUUUGAGGAGUUGGACAUGGAACUCCCAGAUGGACAGGAGGAAGCAGGGACAGAGCAAGCUAGCGACGCCCCCGGCAACAAGCACCUAGAGACAACCAUAGAGGAGAGAGGGGUUGUAGCUGGGGGGGAGGAGUGAGGGGAUGAAGUGGGGGAGAUGAAGACGUGGAGGUUGGGGGAUGAGGAGAGAAUUGUAAUGUGCAGUUUUCUAUGGCUCUUUUUCAAUUAGUCUUUCCUUGAAUCCUCCCAUUUUGCACUUCCUCCUCCAAUAUGGUUGAGGUGAGGAAAUAGGAUGCAGGGAAUCACAGAAAGACUUGAGAUAGAGCAAUUGUGUCUUCCUACAAGUAGAGUUUUUUUACAUUCCCAAACCUAUCUUAAGGUGAUGAGUUAGUCUGAUGAGUGUGUUGUGUUGAGCUGUUGGUCAGGCAGAGUUCCAAAGGGAAAAUGAUUUCCUUCUUUCUGUCCUACUGUUGGUUGGCUGACAGAAAAUAGCCUACUUGAAGAAAAAAAAACGUCAGGUAACCUGAGUUUCUUGAAAUCCAUGUUUGUUUUUAAGUACUUCAUUGAUAUGAUAAGCAUGGUGAACAAGUGUGUUUGGAUGCAUUUUAGAUUUUUUUUUACUUGAUUGUUAUGUUUUUACUAUUAAAAUUCUAAUGAUCAUC